CCCAAACAGCUGAUUGUUGAUGACGUGUGGUGAGAUUGUGGUGAAGAAAGUUCGGCAAAAAACACAAAUUUUUCCAAAGAAAAGUGAGAAAAUUGCAGUGAAAAGUGUGAGAAAAUGAAAGAAAAAACUUCUGAAGAUCAAGUGAAGAAGAAAGAAAAAUCCAGCAACAAAUGGACAGUUUUCUCCAUAAUUCUGCUCUUAACGGUCCUGACAAGAUUCUACAAAGUCACAGAACCCGACCAUGUUUGUUGGGAUGAAACUCAUUUUGGCAAAAUGGGAAGUUGGUAUAUCAACAGAACAUUCUUCUUCGACGUCCACCCUCCGCUGGGAAAGAUGCUAAUUGCUCUCUCGGGAAAACUAACAGGGUACAAUGGAACAUAUCCAUUUGAGAAACCCGGAGACAAGUACAAUGGCACAAGAUACGAAGGAAUGCGAAUCUUUUGUACAACACUUGGAGCUCUAAUUGUUCCCAUGUCCUAUGACAUUGUUCACGAUCUCACGCGAUCCGUUCAGGCUGCUUUUAUGGCAUCAGCGUACAUCUUGCUGGAUGUUGGGAUGAUCACCCUCAAUCAGUACAUCCUUUUGGAUCCCAUUUUAAUGUUCUUCAUGACAGCCUCUGUCCUGGGAAUGGUUAAAGUUACAAAGGCAACUGAGGAGGAGAAAUCCUUCACGAGAAUUUGGUGGUUUUGGUUACUUUUUACGGGAAUGAUGCUCGCCUGCACGAUAAGUGUAAAGUUUGUGGGGCUAUUUGUUGUACUUCUUGUUGGUUUGCACACAGUUAGUGAUCUCUGGAACGUUCUCGGCAAUUUAGCCAAGCCUGUGAGCUUCACAGUUAAGCAAUUGAUAGCCAGAGCAAUGACUCUGAUCAUCUGGCCAGCUCUUCUCUACAUGUUCUUCUUCUACAUUCAUUUGGAAAUCCUCAAUAGAAGCGGCAAUGGGGAUGGCUUCUACAGCUCAGCAUUCCAAUCAAAAUUAAUUGGAAAUUCCCUCUACAACGCAAGUAUGCCCAGAUAUGUAGCCUAUGGAGCGGAAGUGACCAUAAAGAAUCACAAAACAGGUGGUGGGUACCUUCAUUCCCACUACCAUCUCUACCCCAAAGGUGCUGGAGCGCGUCAGCAGCAGAUCACAACAUACACUCACAAGGAUGAAAACAAUAAAUGGCGAGUGAAAUAUUAUAACAAAGAGGUGAAUCAGGGAGACAGUGUGGAGAUCUUGAAGCAUGGGCAGUUAGUGAGAUUGGAGCACGUUCCAACGAGGCGAAAUCUUCACUCGCAUCCGGAACAAGCCCCUCUCACAAAGAAGCACUACCAAGUAACCGGUUAUGGAGAGAAUGGCACGGGGGAUGCUAACGACGUGUGGAAGGUGCUUAUUGUGGGUGGGCGGGAAGAUCAGCGCGUGGAGACCGUUACAACGAGCCUGAUGUUUAUCCACUAUCUACAAAAUUGCGCCCUCACCACCAGCGGGAAGCAAUUGCCGAAAUGGGGCUUCGAGCAGCAGGAAGUCACAUGCAAUCCCAAUCUUCGGGACAGCAGUGCCCAGUGGAAUGUUGAGGAUAAUGAAUUCGGCAGGCUGCCCAAAGUGAACUUUGAAGUCUACGCACCCGGAUUCCUAUCGAGAUUCCUCGAAUCCCACGCUGUGAUGAUUCAGGGGAAUGCUGGACUCAAGCCAAAGGAGGGCGAGGUCACGAGUCAACCGUGGCAGUGGCCAAUUAAUUAUCGGGGUCAGUUUUUCUCCGGAAGUGCCUAUCGGGUGUACUUGCUGGGAAAUCCCAUAAUCUGGUGGAGCAAUUUAGUGUUCAUCGCACUCUUCCUCGUUCUCUUCGUCAUUUCAGCCAUCCGCCAUGAGCGAGGAUACGAGGAUUCCACUAAUCCCGACAAUGAAUCUAAAUGGAGAUCUCUGAGAGCUGGUGCCUGGCUCUUUGCCGGAUGGUUGUUGCACUACCUACCAUUCUGGGCUAUGGGGAGAGUCCUCUACUUCCACCACUACUUCCCAGCGCUCAUUUUCAAUUCAAUGCUAACAGGUGUUGUAUUCAAUUAUUUGACACAUCGUCUCCCCAUCUGGCUCAGACAGACACUGCUCGGGGCAUCCUUGGGCGUCUUAGGGUGGAGCUUCGUGAAAUUCGCACCACUUGCCUACGGUAUGGUGGGUCCGUCAGCCGGUGAGGCCAAUUCCACCAUGAAUGGACUCAAAUGGAUGGAGUCAUGGGAAUUCUGAUAUUAACUUCCUGGUUCCUGCUACAGAGUGCCUUCGGGGUAAGGAUAUUGAUGGUAACUGCCACAUAUCACAAAUACAUUUUUUCCUCCGCCUUCUUCUUUCCCAAAAAAAGACAGCCCGGAUGCGGGCAUACAAAAAGUCAAUCAUAACGCGUCCAGUUAUAAGAGUUGGUGUCCCACAACGUGUAGAAGUUUGUUUAUGCGUUGUAGUGCGAUUUGUGAGCAGAAUUAGUAGGCAAAGUUGAUUUUUUUUGUGAAAUUCAGCAAUUUGAUGGAUAAAAAUGGUCAUAUCUCUGGUUCUAUAAGACUUACAGAAAUUUAUUGACCAGUUUUGGAAAGGUCUUGAAAUAAACUAUAAUCUGACAUAUAUUUCGAUACAUUUCAAGGUGACCUCUAGAACACAAAAU